AUGAAGGGCUCCGGCCUCUUUUCGAUCCUCUCCUCCCUCCUCCUCCUCUUCUUUGCAGCUUCUUCCUCGGCCUGGCCAUGGCCCGAUUUCCUUGACAACAAGGUCGAUGCUCUUAUUGUCCCUCGGCAGAACCAGAACGGUAACGGCGAUAAUGCUUCCUCAACCGGAAGCAUCCCCCCAAGCACAUCUGCCACUCAAUCUGCAUCUUCAACGGGCUCUGCAUCAGGCUCUCGAUCAGGCUCAACGAUAACUGCGUCGGCAUCUGUGUCAGGCUCGGGGUCAGGGGGCUCAGGGUCUUUGAACGCGACCACAACAAAGAGCACCAAAACAACUGCAAUUGACCCUCGUCUCCCUCCCGGCGGUAUCUCGCUCAUCACCCCAGCUGCAAUCGAUGGUCCUCAAUACUACAAGGUCGGGGACUUUGUCACAUUCGCUUGGAACUAUACGUCUCUGUCGGUAACCCCAUCCGCCAUCGACGUAUUGGCCUCCUGCGCCUUGAAUCAAGCCACCUAUACAAUCUCUUCCAACAUGUCAGUGCAGGAAACCGGCGCUAUUACCUGGGACACUGGUGAGAUGUAUGCAACGGCCACAAACCCCUUCCCAGUCGCCAGUUAUACGUUGAUUAUUCACGAUUCGUCACAAGACAUCACUGAUGUCCCAAGCGCUGGAUUUUUGGCUGCUUUUGAGCAGUAUGUUUUUGGGAUGUACACGCCGCAAGCAUAUACUCCGCUGAACGAGUUCAAAUGCGCCACUUGCAAUGGCGCCUUCUCCAUCCAUGAAAAACAAGCACUGGGCGUGAUACUCACAACAUCAGCAAUUACCAUCUUGUCCUUCACGUGGUUCGCCAGGGGAUUUGGCGUCUUUUGA